UCGUCAGUCGUUAGCUGAGUAGGUUUGCAAGUACCUGGCAAUGGGUCGAGUGGCAAACUUAAUCAAGCAGCGGCAACGACCGAUCGGUCCGUUGCACUCUCUCUCCUGUCAAUAUCCGUCUCACAAUUGAAGCUUAAUUCAGUUGCGCGCUGUGCGUCCGUGUAGAACGUUGCUUGUCUCGUAUUUAGAUACAUUAUAAAUACCAAAUAAUGGUUGAAGAAAGUCUUAACAGAAGCAAUUCUGUGUCGAAGAAAAUGCAAUCAAAGAAAAAACUGCUGAACAGCGCAUUCAUCGUCUUUGGUGAGAUGAUUGCCACAGCCAUGCUGAUGUUCCUUGGCUGCAUGGGAUGUGUGAAGACUACCAGUUUCAUCAACUCACACUUGCAGUGUGCAAUAAACUUUGGAUUUGUUGUGCUCAUAUGCAUACAAUGCUUCGGUUGUAUAUCCGGCGCACAUCUCAAUCCCGCCGUUACGUUGGCCAACUUUAUAUAUGGAGGCAUAUCCCUGCCAAUGGCUUUAUUAUACUUUGUUGCCCAAAUGCUGGGCUCCUUCAUUGGCUACGGACUGUUAAAGGCAUCGUUGCCCGACAAUGUUGUAUGCAGCACGGAGACGCCAGCGGGAGUCUGCCUGACAUUAGUGGCAAGCGGCAUUCCAGUUUGGCGUGGCCUUCUCAUUGAAUUCCUUAUCACAUUCGUCCUAAUCGCCAUCUGUUGUGCUGUCUGGGAUCCACGUAAUGCCAUGUUUCAGGACUCGACUUCCAUACGCUUUGGACUCGCCAUUGGAUGUUUAUCCUUAACAGCGGGCCAGUUUACGGGCGCCAGCAUGAAUCCUGCACGUUCCUUCGGUCCAGCCGUAUGGAACAAUGCCUGGGAAAACCACUGGAUCUACUGGGUGGGUCCAUUGUUGGCGGCGGUGGUCACAUCACUUAUCUACAGAUACGUUUUCCGACGAACAUCUGAAGGGAGUGAAGAAACGUUGACACAGUAAUCUAACCAGGAUCACAAUUCGUAAUUUUUCAUAAAGAAAUUUGUUUAUAACCGGGAAGCGAAUUCAAAAAAUUUCGGUUUUGUUUACUUUCUAUCUACAGAAGUUCAAAUAUAUCUUUGGAUCUAAUUUUUUACAAA